ACAGGAGCUGCGCGGGGCUGGUGAGCGAUGUCCCAGCUGCCCACGACAUGCCAGGCCGAGCAGGUGUUCGAUGAGACAGAAUGUACGCCGGCCAUGGUGAAAAUGGCAUUUCGCAAGGCGUACUCCAUUAAGGAUAAGCUAGAAGCCAUAGAACGAGUGAAGAACGGGGAGCGGCAGGCUAGCGUGUCGCGGGAUUUUGGGGUGCCUGGCGGAACUCUGCGGGGCUGGCUGAAAGAUGAGCAGAAACUGAGGUGGUUCCUGGACCAACUCGGCGGGGAGGUGGGUACGCAGAGGAAAAAGAUGCGCCUCGCCAACGAGGAGGAGAUCGACAAGGCCGUGUACACCUGGUUCGUCGCGUUACGGCAACAGGGAAUCCCUCUGUCUGGUCCCGUGAUCCAGGCGCAGGCGGAAACCUUCGCCAAGCAGAUCUACGGCGACGAAUGCACUUUCAAGGCGAGUCACGGCUGGUUUUGGCGCUGGCAGAAAAGACACGGCAUAUCGAGCCAGCGGAUCUACGGCGAGUCGGAGGCGAGGGCAACAGAAAUCGGCCCGAUUGUAGUCUAUCCUGAGCGGCCAAAAACGCCAACCGGUGACGGUGGCUAUGGAGAUGAACAGAUAUACAAUGCCAACUUAACUGGACUGUACUGGAAGCUGCUGCCAGAUCAGACCCGUCAGGUGACACUGGGCAAGCAGCCCGAUGGAUACAAGAAGGUGAAGGAUCGUGUCACCAUCUUGUUGGCUGCCAACCUUACCGGUAACCAUAAGUUGAAACCAUUGGUUGUUGGGAAGCCGCAGGAUCCGCCGAGCCUUGGGCGCUGCAAUCAGGACAAGUUCCCGGCUGCCUACAGGCACAGUAAGACCGGUUGGAUGACCCCGGAGCUUCUGAGGGAGUGGUUUUUUGAGGAGUUUGCUCCUAGCGUGAAGCGUCACCUUAGGAGAUACGGCCUUCAACAGAAAGCCGUGCUGCUCAUCAACCAAAGUCCGACCAAACCAACCGACGAUGAACUCCACACCCCGGACGGCAAUAUCAGGGUGGUGUUCCUGUCCAGAAGCACCAGGGGCAAGAUCCCGUCUAUGGACCAGGGGGUAAUGUCUUCCUUUAAGCAACUGUAUAAACGGGAGCUUUUGAGGCUCCUGGUCUCCUGUGGUAGCUCUCCCUCGGAGUUCGCGGAUUCCUUCAUGCUCCAGGACAUGGUGUCCGUGGCUGGCCAGGCUUGGAACCUGAUCCCGGCUGGAAGCAUAGAGAAAUGCUGGCUCUUCGGCCUCAGGGCCGCUUUUGAAACCGGUGCAAGCGCAGAGUCCGACGACGGCAAGGAUUACAGCAGGGUGUUCAACGACCUGACUAACCUGGCGGCCCUGGUGUACAGACACGCGGCCUCCGAGGAUGUCGCAGAGUGGGUGCAUCUGGAUGACUCCAUCCCCGUUAUGGAUGAGCUCUCAGGGGACGGCUCCGCAGACUCGGUUUCCGGGUUCCCUGCGCCGGGAGGCAGACCGGCAGACGGAGACGCCAGCGAAGACGCGAGGGCUGGAGAUCCCGUCCCGUCUGCAUCUGAAGCGAUUAAAGGUCUGGAGACGGCUCUGCGAUGGCUGGAAUCUCAAGACCCUCAGAAGGUCGGCCCCCUUAAAAUAGUUCAGAUGCGUUCCUUGCUCUCCACCGCACAUCGACUCAAAGAGACUCCGGGCUGCCCGGGAACGCGCUGCGGGUACUAAGGGCGAGGAUACCUCCAAGUAAUGGCUUAACCCUUUGAGUGCCAGGGCUUGUUUAGUUCACCAUGUUUAGCUGUCAGAAGGAGCUGUUCACUUGGUGUGUUUGUUUAUAUUUGCACAUGCGCAGACACACGCUCUUU